AUGUCAUAUGCGUACGGGUACGCUGUCAGCGAUAUCAUUGCUGUACUGGGUCUCUUCGAACGAAUAGCAAUCGAAUUGCGGAACUUUAAGAAUGCACCGGCGCAUUUCCAACAACUCGGUGCAGAAAUUGAUCUUCUGCAAAAUGCGAUGAGGCAUGCCCUUCGCCUGAUUCCACAAAAUGACGCUCAUCGCGAAACCCUCGAACGCGUCAGAGCCAUUGUUAUGCACUGCCUGACACCUCUACAAGCGCUGAUUAAUAAAAUGCGGACCAAGGAAUCCAGCCUGGGACACUUUCGCACAUCGAAGAGUUUGAGCCACAUUGGGACUCGAAUUCAUUGGUCAAUGAUAGCCAAGCAAGAUAUUGACGAGGUUCGCAUUACUAUAACGUCAGAAACAGUGGCCAUCAACAUGCUCCUUAUUGCCCAGUCAUUAGCUCAAAUAAGACAGCUUACGGAUUGCGUUCAGGGUAUCGGAGAUGCCCAAUCAACGCUUAUAAAAACCCAUUCUGAUGCCCUUAUCAAGCAAACCUCCACAAUAUUGAACCUAGUGUCGACAAUGCCAGACACAAUCGCUGACCUGAAGCUCACAACGAUCAUGAAUGAGAAGAAGCAAUCAGAGCAAGCACAGAUGCUGGAGUAUGGGUUAGCAGUUGUUACAUCUCAUGUCGGCUCUCUUUCUCAAAUUGGCGCCAAAGUUUCUGGUACAUUCUCUCUGCACACGGCUUCUAUGAGACGCUCUGUCAAGAGAUUAUUGUCUUUGAUGCGGGAUAUCAAGGAGCUCUUUGUUCUCUUGGUAGCCUAUUCUAGGGACAUUCUUGAGGCUGUAGGUCAAAAUACCCGUGCAUUACUCAAUAUAGCCUCCCAGAUGAAGCGAAUCAUCCGUGCUAUCGAGGCUAUUCCACUUCAUCUUACCCUUGACAUUAUGCGACUAGAUGAUGCGUUAGGUGAGAGUUGGGCUUUGCCAAUACAAGCCUGUCAAAGCUGGGAGUCCUUCUAUAAUUUGCUUUCAACUGUAGUCUACACAAAGGAUCGACCAGGGGCGAAUCGAAUUGAUGCGAUGCAAUUUGCCCUCACUAUGGCAAAAGACGGAACAGAGCUUGGAGAACUCAAUUGGGAGAGGGUCAUCAAGCCAGGAAUUCACAUUGAGCAGGCGAUGGUAGUUACCAGGGCUGGUGCUUCUAUAGAGACUUGUCUCGAAUGCAGUGGUGUAAAUUCAAGGACACCAGCAAAACAUCAUGACAAGCCGUGUUCCACCUGCGGGCGGUGGGUAGGCAGACACAGGCGCAUUGUCGAGCCGGUUGUAAGACUACUGGGUAGAGCAGACACGCUGCCGGACGGAACAUUCCCGUUAGUUCCAGAGCUGCCCCCUAUGAAACUGGAUGAAGAUUUGCAGCACUUCCGUCGGGUCCAAAUACGCGAGCGCUCAGAGCCAAUUGACGAUAUCAAUACUGCCAAAGCCAUAUUGAAGACAGACUCAAUGGACGCGGCCGCUAAUACCUUUCUUGCUCUCCGACUAAUUCAGGAAGCACAAGACUCUGGAACUCUGGCGUCACUUGAAACAUCCAUAAGACAUUUGGAGAUUGCUAUUUCUUCAGACAGUACCGCUAUCGACCCCUGGUAUCUUCUCGCAGAGAUAUCUAUGCUCCGGCAGGACUAUAUACAAGCUUACGAUUACUUUCAACAAGCCGUCUUCAGGAACUCAUGGUCUCCACAAAUUUGGAUAUCGAUUGCAGCCCUGUAUUAUCAUAUCAACCAAUUCGAAGAGGCCCUCGAGGCUAUCAUGCGCUCUAUACGGCUCAAUCCGUUCAUUUACCAGUCGUGGUAUAAUAUAGGCGUCUUGUACGAUACGUGUAAUCGGACUAGAGAUGCAUACGAGGGCUUUGAGAAAUGCUUAGAACUGAAUCCGGACUUACCAGAUGUCCAGGCGCGGUUUGAUGUUCUGGCUUCGUUUCAAAAUGGCGAAAAAAAUGUAUCUGAUGAUUACAAAAUUAAAAAUAUGCUGCAGUGA